UUAUGUUUGUUGUGGUUUUAGGUUAAAUGAUAUAGCGUCUCUCUGGCUAGUGUUUGUCUUCUGUUUAGUGUAGUCUUAUCUCUUACAGUUGUAUGUCAAGUUUUCUAAUCGAGGCCCUCUUUCGUUUAAGACGCGUUUAUCCUAAGUAAAAGUAUCUCCGAUACAGUUUUCAAGGCUUCUCAAAUGAAUAUGAAACUAGUAGACCCAGUAGUCCGCAGUUUCAGGGUGGCGAAAGUAUUUCGUGAAAACACCGACAAAAUAAACAGCAUUGACUUUUCCACAAGCGGGGAUACUUUGAUUUCGUGCAGCGAGGAUGACCAAAUUGUCAUUUACGAUUGUGAAAAGGGCACCCAGGCCCGCACUGUAAACAGUAAAAAAUAUGGAGUCGACCUAAUCCAUUUUACACAUGCAAAGAACACUGCCAUACACAGUUCAACCAAAAUUGAUGACACUAUCAGAUACUUGUCGCUGCAUGAUAAUAAAUACAUCAGGUACUUUCCUGGACAUACAAAGAAGGUUGUUUCACUAUGUCUGUCACCAGUUGAAGAUACUUUCCUGUCCGGAUCAAUGGACAAAACACUACGGCUAUGGGAUUUAAAGUCACCCAACUGUCAGGGGCUUAUGCAUUUGUCCGGACGUCCAGUUGCCGCUUAUGAUCCUGAAGGUUUGAUUUUUGCUGCUGGAGUUAAUUCUGAAUGUAUUAAAUUAUAUGAUUUGAGAUCUUUUGACAAGGGUCCCUUUGUCACUUUUAAGCUCUCGCAGGAAAAAGAGUGCGAUUGGACAGGGUUAAAGUUUUCAAGAGAUGGUAAAACAAUACUUAUAAGCACUAAUGGAUCUAUCAUUAGGCUGAUCGAUGCCUUCCAUGGGACUCCUUUGCAGACUUUCACAGGACACCUCAAUAACAAAGGCAUUCCCAUAGAGGCUUGUUUCAGUCCGGACUCCCAGUUUAUCUUCAGUGGUUCCACGGAUGGCAGGGUUCAUGUGUGGAAUGCCGACACUGGAUAUAAAGUGUGUGUAUUAAAUGCAGAUCAUCCGGGUCCAGUUCAGUGUGUCCAGUUUAAUCCUAAAUAUAUGAUGUUGGCCUCCGCAUGUACAAACAUGGCUUUUUGGUUACCCUCAAUUGAGGGUUCUUAAAGUUAUUUCAAGAUGCUUUAUCAACUUCAAAAACUAUAUAGAGUUACUUUUGGAGUGUAAAAAACUGUAUUUAAGAAAUUUAUUUAAAAUUGUUUUAAGUUAGUAAGGAACAAGUCACAGUUUAUUGUCUUAUUGUAAAUACUACUAAUUUUAUACUAGACUAGUUCUUUGUUACUAGAACUACAGACAAAAUAAAAUGUGAUUUUUUUUUUAAAUUAAA